UGGUACUUUCUUUUGGCUGCAACUGCAAUGUACGAUUGUGUGCUCAUUUGCGAUUUUGUGAAAAAGGUUAAGUUGCUAGGUUAGUUUUAUAUUCAAAUUAUAGUGUUUUUCACUGAACCAUAGUGAAAAAUAAUUGGUUUAAGUUGCAAUUUCUAUUUUCUGUAUUUAACAGAAGGCUGUUCCAAGUACUCACUUUCCAAUUUUGUUUUAUCAUGAUCUUUUUAUCUAACUUGGUUUUAUAUAUACAGGAUGCCUACCAAAAAUGUAUAUCUACUAUAAUUGGGUCUUAUGGUUCAACUGGAAGUGAUAAAACAUAUACAAUGGUUGGGACACAACAUGAUCCUGGACUCAUGGUUCUCAGUCUGCACACAAUUUUUGAUCUCAUUAAAAGGGACAAGAGCUUUGAUGAAUUUGAAGUUACUUGUUCCUACCUUGAAGUCUACAAUGAAGUUAUCUAUGAUUUACUCAAAAAAUCAUCUUGUUCUUUGGAGCUUAGAGAGGAUCCUGAGCUAGGAAUAAUUGUUGCUGGGCUAAGAUGUAUUAAGCUUCAUUCGGCUGAUAAGAUUCUUGAACUUCUAAAUUUGGGUAAUAGUCGAAGGAAAACAGAAAGCACAGAGGCUAAUGCGACAUCAUCAAGAUCACAUGCAGUUCUGGAGAUUACUGUGACAAGAAAAUGGAGAAACAAAUAUAAAAAUCAAGUCAUGCAAGGAAAACUUGCACUUGUGGAUCUUGCUGGCAGUGAACGAGCUUCAGAAACAAACAGUGGGGGCCAAAAGCUGAUGGAUGGAGCUAACAUUAAUCGUUCACUUCUUGCUUUGGCGAACUGCAUCAAUGCUCUGGGGAAACAGCAUAAGAAGGGUCUUGUCUAUGUUCCAUACCGCAAUAGUAUAACUAACGAGGAUGCUUAAAGAUGGUCUGAGUGGUAAUUCUCACACAGUGAUGGUUGCUACAAUGUCUCCAGCAGAUAGUCAAUAUCAUCACACUGUGAAUACCUGAAACAUGCAGACAGGGCAAAGGAAAUACAGACGCACAUCCAGAAAAAUAUUGGUACAAUCGAUACGCAUGUAUCAGAUUACCAGCAAAUGAUUGACAGUCUUCAGAUUGAAGUUUGCCAAUUGAAGAAAGAACUAGCAGAAAAGGAAUCACAGUAGAGUGUCAAAACAAAUGAAAGGGCUGCAGAUGAUGAACUGUCUUGGUUAAACGUUUUGAGCCAAGAAAUCAGUGAAAAUGUUCAGGAACGGAUAAACUUACAGAAGGCACUAUUUGAACUUGAGGAAACCAAUCUUCGAAACCGCACUGAACUCCAACAUCUUGAUGAUGCUAUUGCAAAACAACAGGCUUCUGAAAAGGAUGGUACAGUUGUUGAAGCUCUGAGAGUAAGGAGGCAAGAUAUUCUUGAUAACAUCUGUGACAAUGAUGAAGUCCUCUCACCAGGAGUCUAUAUUGUGCGAGUAUUUCAAAAUUUUGA